AUGCUCCUCGUCCUCGCUACCAGCGCUUCGCUUCACACCGCUGCGCGCGCGCGGCCACCGACGUGCGUGGCGACCGCUCCGCCGGUCGGCACCUCGUACGACACUGGCGCCUUUGACGCGGCCGUCAUGAAGACGUAUAACCGGUACCCGCUCGCGGUUGCUGGCGGGGAGGGCUGCGAGCUCGUUGAUCUCGACGGCCGGCGGUACCUCGACUUUGCAGCCGGCAUCUCGACGUGCACACUCGGCCACGCAAACCCGAAGCUCGCGGCGGCGGUGGCGGCGCAGAUGGGGCGGGUGAACCACGUGUCGAAUCUGUACUAUAUCCCCGAGCAGGGCGAGCUCGCGCAGCGCCUCGUCGCCACCUGCAAUCUCGACAAGGCGAGAGAAGCUGCCAACCGCGCCGCGCAGUCUCCUUGA